CCUAGUACUAUCAACUACAACUAACGUAACACAUCCAGAUGUCCGAUCCUGGGGCGAGUAGCAGUGGCGGAAGCAGUGGGCGCCACCCCGUGUACAAAGGAAUAAGGAAAAGGAAGAGCAGUGGAAAAUGGGUUUCAGAAAUUCGAGAGCCACGAUCACCCAAUAGGAUAUGGCUAGGUACAUUUCCUACCCCAGAAAUGGCAGCAGUUGCUUAUGACGUAGCUGCACUGGCCCUUAAAGGCAGGGAUGCUGAGCUCAACUUCCCAAACUCAGCAUCCUCAUUGCCAGUCCCGGCUACUAACUCGCCUCAUGAUAUUCAGGCAGCUGCAGCCUGUGCGGCUGCAGCUCUUGGGGCAGCCGGGGAUGCUUUAAGCGCCCGUAGAGGAGUUGAUAAUAAUAAUAAUAUCAUACCGGUUUCGAGAGAGGUAGAAAAUUCAACACCUUGGAAUAAUAAUGAGUUUAUGGAUGAAGAUUUGAUCUUUGAUAUGCCAAAUGUUAUUAUGAAUAUGGCUGAAGGUAUGCUUCUUAGUCCUCCACGUUUCAACCUUCCUGAUGAUGACACUACUGCUGCUGAGUAUAUUGCUGACCAAGAUCUCUGGAAUUAUCCCUAAUUCAUCGAGAUAAAAUCUUAGCUUCAUAUAAUAACAAGUUUUAGUAGUAAUUAAUGAUUUCAAAUAAGAUGGAUAUGACUUAAUAACCUCAGCUCCAAGGCUCCAGGUAAAAGAAUGAGAUAGCUUUGUGUAAUUUGCAUGUUCCCUAUUCUAUUGUGUUUGUAAAGGGUUUUACUGUUUUUAAGCUUUGCAAUUACUCUCCAUUGAAAAUGCUUUAAUUUUGCUAUUAAACAAUAAGUAUUUAAUAGCACUAAAGUUCUUGAAUCUUCGAUUCCAAGAAGUCUGUUAAGAAAAUGUUUACACUAUAGACUUGCAUUUAAUAAUAUAGCAGAAAUCA